GGUGUUGGCUCCGCCUACCGCUCCGGACAUCUCGCGUCAGGCCCAAGGCAGGCCAGUGAGGGAGCCGAGGACUCUGGGGCUGGGGAUGGCGUCAGUUAUGCGGCCUGGUCGGAGCCCGACGAUUUUCAAGACCAGCGGCUGCUGGACGAGCUGCGUGAAUGGUCCCAGAUUUCUGGGUCGCCUGAUUUCCUUUCGUUUUUCGGGCUUGAGCCUGAUUUCUCCGGCACGGCAGAGGCCAAGCCUAACAAUCCUCGGGGGGCCGAGGUUUGUCUCAAGAAGCUGACCCCAGCCGAGAGGGAACAGUUCAUCCACUCUGACCAGGCCGAGUGGGACGCCAUCGUCUCGUCAGGAGCCGCGCGGGUGCUCUCGGUUGAAGAGUCCAGUACUGUGGCUGCCGAGACUCUGGCCCUGUCGGGGGCCACCGCCGAGGCCCAAUGGCUGCAGGUCCUCUGGAGGGACUCGGUCUUCGGGGACGUGCCGCGACCCGAGUGGUUUAGGGCCAAGGCGCCCUUCUCAGUCAUGCUCUCGUCUCAGUGCCAGCUCAGCGAGGCAGCACAGGGCCUCGCUGUGGUCGAUGCUAAGUCAGUUUUUGAUACGCUUUCGCGUAACUCCGCCGGAUCACGAGCGGACAGGCGCAAUGCGGUGGAGCUAGCGGUGAUCAGAGACUCCCUUGCCGCCGUGGGUUCGCGUGUGCGUUGGGUCCCUCACGGGCGAAUGCCUGCCGACCCUCUGACCAAGAUGGACCCAGGGCGCGGGAGCUUGGCGCUCCAUGACUUGCUCUGUCGUGGCAGUCUAGUCCUGGUGGACGAGCAUGGAGCGGCGCUGGCGCUGUACUUCCUGGAGCUGAACGACGCGUACCACAUCCCACCUGGCUGGUGGGCACGCCAGCCGCGGGCGACGCUGAAGACGGGAUGGAUCACUUUCCCGGCUCACGCGUCCGCGGCCCGCAGAGCGGAGCUCCAGGUGGCCGUCUGCCGCAUGGGGCUCGUUGCCAUGGCGCAGAUGGCAGAGGAUUGCGAGGUGUUGCAGAGAGCCUAG